GCCAAAAGAAAUCGUGAAUUUUUUAUUUUAAAAUCAAUACUUUUCUAUGGUAUAUGUAGGUUUACAUUUCAACAUGGUGUUAUGUAGAAACCAUGGCUAAAUGUGUAUCUAUAAUCCUUAAUGAUACAAAUAUCCCCUGUCACGGCAUGUGACUACACAGUAAAGUGUUUAUAUAACCAAGUUACUUCUGUCUUCAUUUACAAAAUAUUCUGGCCCAUGAUUUGCGUUUGAUGCACUAACCCAGGAUACAGAAUUCGUAUUAUUAGUGCUGUUGUGUGACGUUUCUGGUGUAGAAUUGAAUGUCACGUCAUCAACUGAAGGUGGUCUAAUGGUGAUACUGUUUUACUGUGAUCUAAAAUCGUGUUGUCUAGUUUAUUUGUGUUAUUCCGGUAUAAAACUACAGAAGCAUAGAGUAUGCAGAACUUACCCCCGUGUUUCUACAUUGUUUUUAUAUCUUCCAUAAUACAAACUAAACCAUUUAUUCCGUAUAUACCGCCCAUAGGGUCUUUUGUGAUAUAACCUGUUUCUUUCAUAAAUUUACGUGAAGUUAAAAGGUCACCUGUGGGUCAGUGUUUUCAUCAAGAAAUAAAAUGCAGUAGCCCAAGUUUAUUAUUGAGCAAUGUUUGGUAAGAGCAAAGAUCAUCGCAUUAAGACGGGCUAUUUACUUCGGGGAUGAUCCAAUAACCUCUCUUCGCCUACAAUGAAACCGGAUACCACAUUGCAACUAAUAUGCGAUAUUUCAAGAGAGAAAGAAAAAAUCUUUGAUAAUUUUGGACAUGGCAUCACGAUAUCAAAUAGUACACGGGAUUAAUGGAAGACCUGUGGGAUAGAAAUGUGAAAUACUAGGUUCCAAGAUGCAAAUUGAAAAGAAAUACUUUGACCAGACAAGCAAGUAACAUGCCUGAUGAUUGAAGCGGUCUCAUUAUACGGUGGAACUGGGUAUUUAUACCAAUAUUUUAAGUGUUUAUUUUUCAUUGUUAUGAUUGCUAACGCGUGGCUGCCGAGAUCAUUUACUAUAACGAUCAUAAUCCAUAAAUAUUGUUAAUUCACACUAAAACGUUGUGAUGCCAUGGUUUUAAAAAUUUCUUUAUCCUUUUUAUUACACUUCCACCCACCACUCAUCGUAAAAAUGAUUUGACACAAUCGCUGCUCGAAAUGUUUAAAAGAUUGUUUAUUUUGGAUGGAGUUUUAUUGAAUAUUGCACCUUUCUUCCUCCUUGGUUGCUAUGACUAAUGAGCGUUUGAUGUUAUACAAAUGAUUUUAGAUACAAGUUCUUGAUGAGUUUAGCAUUUAUUUACGAGCUUUAUGCAUAAUUCAUACACAGAAUAAUAAGUUCCAACUCUCACAUUAUAAGUCAUCGCUGAACAAGCAUGACCUGCAGUGAUCGACAUAACUAGCUUCGCUGAAUUGCGUUUUCAAAUUGGGUGUUUUCAUCGUUUGAUGUUUCUUGAUAAAUAACGAACCCCGAUUUAAUAUUCAAAACACGCGAUUUGUUGUUCUCUUACUGGUAUUCAGAAACUAGAAACUGAAUAUUGGGUAUCUGGAUAAGGACCAAACAGUUUCAAAGGUAUUCAUUCUUACGUGUAUUCAUUCACAAAAUUCUGGUGGUUAACCUUGGGAAAGCUUUCCUAAGAACAGAUAUCUUUUAUGACGGCAUAUAUAGAACAGUGAGAGUGUUUACCUUGGUUUUUGUAUCACUCUUUUGACGAACCCUUUGACUUUCGUAAAUACAAAAAACAGACUGUUUUCUAAAGAAACAGAGACUUAUCUUACAAACAAUAUUUAUACAAAAGUACAGUAACUUUAGUAUUUGGUAAAUAGACCAAAUAAGAUUAUAGGAUGUCACAUUAGUAAAGCGGAUUUGCUGCGAUGUUCCCUUGGGGAUUCUCACUCACGUGAUUUCAUUACACCGAGCCCGACUCUUAAAUACUGAUUAAUUUUCAUUAACUAAUGUGAUCUUGUCUUCAUAUCAAUUUUUUCCCAUAAGAUCAGAAAUGAUCUGUUCUUUUAUUUCAUAAAAAUCAAUUUCUUGAUCAAUAUCAAUAGCAUUUGUUGCGUAUGCUCAGUUGUCGAUAGGAAACGGAAGAAUAACCAAUGCAUAGAUCAUAUCAUCGCGUUGAACCACUUUGUACAAUGGUCCGAUGAUUUGUUUAUUCUUUCAAUCCUAAAGGCCUUAAACUCCCCACAUAAUUACGGGUACCCUGAGAGACGUCUUGUCCAAGGUAUAGAUAAUCUUGUAGGGUAGACGAUCAAUCAAUGUUUGACGUGGUAUUUCUGUAUUACUUCUGUAGCUUAAGAGAGAUUCAAGUGCGGUUUUGUCUCCAAGGGCAAAUGCAUGUAAACCACUAUUUUUAACUGUUAUGUAAGUUUGAUGAUUCACGGACCUAAAUGGGAUUUCUGAGUGUGUACAAAGGAAAAUUAUAUAUUCUUGUACGUGCCUUGGAAAAAGUUAAAUACAUUUUACUUGAAAAUCGAAUUUGAGGGAAUUGAAUAUUUACCUUUCACUCAGUUCGUUGUGAUAAGACUGAAGUUGAAGAGCUCGGCAGACAGGGCCCCUGACCCUUUCUUCCAGGAUACCAUUUGUACGUGCAUUACAGAAACCAGUAUAUUGACAUAAUGUAUGGGGGUAUUGACAAUAAAAUAAAAAAAAAACCUCUCAACUGACAAAUACAACCAGUGCUAUUUAUCACUCUUAUCUUUCCGCGGCUUGUCAACACAAUCUCCAUUUAAAGAAGAGUUUCUCUGCACUCCAAUUGUGAAAGAUUUAGUCAUCUACGGGUAGACAUUGAUUUAGGGAAGUUACCUGUAGGUACACGACUAGUUUGUGUAUAGACGUUCUCGACCGGGAGGGACGGAUCAGGAAAAUAGUGAGUAAGUCCACAUUUUGAAGAUGUGAGUUGUCUGCUCUUCACUGAUUGGGAUAAUUAUAUUUGUGUCUUCAUUAGUCUCAACUUUCAACGAUACAAUGUCUUGGUUCAAAUUUUGGAGCCGAUCAAAAUCAAAAUCAAAGGACAUAAAAGAUGAGUACCAAAAGGAGCUGAAACGGGCAGAAUCUUUAAGAGAAGAUUCACACUUAACGGAAGCGGAACGCGAAAAACAAAAACUGAAACACACACUGUCAAUAUCCCGGUCUGGGAGAUUCAAGCACAAAAAACGAGAACGAGGAGCGAUUCUUGAUCAACCGGAACUGUUUGAUAAAACAUUAGACAAUGCAAAUGGAGGAAGACCCACUGUAAAACCACCGAAUCCACCAUCCGGGCACUCACGAUCUCCUAACAACACAUGUCGAGAUGUUCGCGAUGUGUUUCAGUCCAGCUACCCCUCCCACGUGGCGGCGGUCUGACAAUUUCAUAAUGUAGUACCAGAACGUGUGUUUGCAAUAAUGAUUCUGAUAAUACAUGCAUUGAUUACAUGAUCAUGGAGAUCAUUAUGUAUUGCAGGAACAUCAACACGUCGGAUGUUAAAAUCAUAUUUUGCUGCUGAAGAAUAAUUAUCCCCUCCAAUAAUGUAUUGUUGUAGUGUUGUCCGAAAAUAUUCUGUCUCAGCUUUUAAAAGUGCUGCCCUUCUCGGUGUACAAAGGUCAGACUGCGUGGAUGUAAUUUGUUACAGAGAGACCGACGAACUGCUAGGUCAUCACCUGUAAUAAAUUUAAUAAAAACAUGAGGGGGUAUACAUUAUCUCGUGCUUCUUGUUUCUGCGACCUUGAAAUUGCCACGUACCUGUAGUUUAUAUUGCUACAUACAAUUUGUAGUUGUUUAGAAUCAUUUCUUAUAAUUUGAGUGUAGAGGAAGUUGUAGAAAAUAUUUUCUCAUAACUGAAAUCGAUGGAAGGAAAGAGAUGCAAUUGAAUCAUUUAAGGUGAUAAAGUGUGUAUUUGGCAUUGCAUGACUCGUAUUUUUUUAAAUGUUGUUUUUGUUUUUUAAUUUACGUACUGAAUCAAAUGAUAUGAUACGAUGUCAGUGCCUUUUUGACUUUUCUUUGGAAGUUUUGGUACCUUUCAUUCCUAUUUACUAAAUUCAAACAACUUUAAGUUAACUCGGAAAAAAAAAAUUAAAAUCGAGAUUAAAUUUGACUGGAAUGUUGAAAGAACUAAGCUCAUUAUAUGAAGAGAUUUGUGGCUCUUGGUUUGUUAAAGGACAUUGGCAAUAUGUUUGCUGAAAUGAUUUUUCACUUUGAUAAGGCUGUACAGAAAAUGACCCUUUUUGAUCCUAUAUAGAAAGUAUUUAAAAGGAAUAUCUGUGUAAUGUGCGCCAUUGUUCCUGCAAAUGAAAAAAAAAAAAUCAAUUUUAUCUGCAUUCAACAGGAGAGGUAUUCUGCAAAUAAUGAAGUAAAAAAAAGUUGUUUUCACAUGAUUUACUGCUCGACUAUUGUUGUAAUUUGUUUUGAAAUCACAAAGCUACUUUCACUUUAAAUAAGUCCAAUAUUGUAAAUUUUUUAAACAAUAUUACCGGUAUAGCCAUUAAUAGCCAACAUGGAACACUGGUUAAUCUAAUCUAUGCAAAUUAUAAGUUUCUGGUAAAUAUUUUGAAAGUGCAGUUAACUGUUGUUUUGUGCACCGAUAGAUUAAGAUAACUGGUUUCUUGUUUAUACGACAGAUUUGUUUGGAAGGAUUGUUUGACGUAUAAAUUCAUUCAAUUCUGCUUUGAUUAUAUGUGUUUGUACUAUACAUGUUUUUGUUUCACGUAAUAAAUCUUUAAAACCGCGACAACAAUCAUAUUGUGUUCGUUUCAAAUGGCAGCGGAUAAGAUAGAAGCCAUGGCCACUGGAUAUCUGUCUAAACAUUGACUAAUCCACACCAGUUGACAUCAAAGAAAACUACAUCCCACCAUGUCCGAUAAGUGUACAUCUAUACUUUUUAAUUGUCAAUGUCUUUGCGUUUGUUAACUUUAGAAAUUGUAUUGAUAGGCAUAUCUUCAAGAACGACGUUCUUCAAUCGUAAAUACUGCACGUAGGGACACAAAGCUGCUUGAUAGAUAUAGAGCGUCUAUUAUAAAGACUGUAAUUUCCGACAGUAAUGAAAAUAUAAUUUAAAUAUAAGAAAUUACUUUUACUUUUGAAAAUGCAUGAGGUUAUGAACAGCGACUCUUCACGCUGGGACACUUAAUGAAGUGCUAACGCGUUUCAAGAAAAAUAUACCGGCAUGAAGCUUUGCACUUCAUACCUUCAUGUAUUUUCAAUUUUACUGAAAUGUAUUUCUUACAUGUACUUGGCGUUCUUGAAAAAGGAAAAAAAAAACCCAACCCAAAUACAUUUUGUUUAGCUGAGUUUGAGUUUGCAUUGAGGUUUUUUCUUCAAUACAAAGAACAAACACUUCAUGCAAUGUUUAAAUGUGAAACUGAUUAGUUCUUAAAUUUACAUAAAGCUUGACUGAAAUCUUUGCCAAUGUGGUCUUGUUUUACAGUAUUUGGCGAAGUUGAUCCCUAUCAUAAAUAAACCCCAUGUGUCAAGAAUGUGCAGAAGACCAACAGUUGUACGUUUUACAAUGUACACGUGUGUUUUACACGAUAAAGAAACAUUUUAUAUGAAACAUUGAACAUUGAUAUGGAAAGUACAACUUGAUACAUGUACCUUGUGAGACUGGAUAAAAAGCAUAAGAGGAUCUAGGGAUUUUAAAGUCUCAAAUUAGACACAUUAAAACAAAAAUACAUACCAUCAAAAACCAGAAAUAAUGAAAGAAUUAGAUAAGCUACAUGAGGAAUAUAUUUUGGUUCCAACUCACAAAGCUUGCUGAAUUCCAAACCUUUAAAAUAAACUAACAGCGAUACAAUGUUGGAUCCAGUAAAUGCUCUACAAAGCCCCUUCCUUUGCUCCUCGCAGACAUAUUAACUGACUUGAAGGAGACACGUCAGACGUAUUGUACCACAACAUAUGCGAGAAGUGGUGUAAAUCAAAUGUGGAUUCUUAAAAAUCUUCAAAAUUUUGUACAUUUGAAAAAAAAAAUUCCUUAAAAAAGCAGCAUCAAACCAUAUGACUUUUUAACACUUUACACGACCAUUCCUCACGACAGAUUAAAGAUUAGCCUUUUGACAUUAUAGACAGCUGCUUUUCAAUAAAAUGAAACGCGGAAAUAUUCAUGUCUUAUGAACCUUAUCAAACAAUACUCUGAUACACUCUGAAGUUGAUAUCUAUUCUUCACUGACAAUACCUACGUGAUCUUUGGUGAUCAAGUCUUCCAACAGUAUGUUUGGAAUUCCCAUGGGCACGAAUUGUGCUCCUUUAUUAGCUGACACGUUUUUAUAUUCGUUUGAGACAGAAUUGAUCCAAAAUCUUCUACAUUAGAAGAAUAGAAUCUUUUGCUUUGGCCUUUAACUCAACAUUUAUGUACAAGAAAGAUGUUUUAUCUAUUUAAAAUGUUUAACAUUUAUAUACAAGAAAGAUGUUUUAUCUAUUUAAAAUGUUUAACAUUUAUAUACAAGAAAGACGUUUUAUCUAUUUAAAAUGUUUAAUUUCAUUCGUAUGCUGAUUCGAUGUAUCUUUGUGGACUCGAAAGAAAAGACACCACAGAGUCUUCCAUAUCUGCUUCAUAUUUGGAUAUUCUAUUGAACAUAAAUGUUAACGGCAAACUAACAACUAAACUCUCCAUCGUCUACCCGUAUUUACGAGUGUGUAGCAAUAUUUCAUGAUCACCUGAAUAUGGUGUUUAUGUCUCUCAACUGAUUCUAUACGCAAUAUGUUUAGAUGGGAUUGGACAGAAGAUGCUCUCAUGCUACAAGUAAUACCACAAAGAAGACUAAGACAAAGCUACACGUAUGAGCAGAUUUGGUAUAUACAUGUAUUCCUUAUUUCACGUGACCAUACUCUGUAUGCACUAAAAUUCGUCCCAUCUGUUCUCCUUAUACCCCUUUGUCAACAUGGGGGAAAGGAAUAUGUAAAAUAACUUUAAUUAAAUUCCAGACUUGAUAAAUUGGAAUUGAAUAUCUAAUCAAUAAACUUUUGAAAAUGUAUGUAAUAAUUUCAUUAAAAAAAAAUAUAUAUAUAGUUUAUUUAUCAAUCAAGGGCCCUCGGGGGCAUGUACAUGUUAACAGGCAAUUAAUUAUAACAAUGAAAAUAAAUAACAAUCAUUUAGAAGUACUACCGGUAAUACUGACAGAGUUCACACUUCUGCACUGCACAUAUCUAUAAUUAUAUAUGAAAUACUGAUAGACAAGAUUUAAAUUAACAACAUGAUAAAUAAAAUAACCCAACUGCUUCACACAUCAAUUUCUGGGAUAGCAGAUAAUGAUAGUGUCGUGUGAAUACUUAUAUAAAAGAGAAUAAUAGCAUUAUAUGAGAGAAUAAAAACACAAUAUGUUGACCUGAUUACAGGGAACACCAAGGGACAGUGCCUGUUAACAGUCUGGUAAUAAAUUUAUUGUACCAGACUGUUGAUCUUGUACUCCCAGUAACCAAUACAGCUUACAAGUGUAAACUAAAGCAAAUGUGUAGAAUGCAAAGACAUGUACUUGCAGUAUCACCUCUUCAUUUUAAUUGAACUUACAAUUGAACUUAUAAUUUGGUAUAUGUUAUUAGUAUUCAUGUCAUCACAGAAGAAAACAAAAUAGGUUUUACACACUAAUUACAAAGGCUAACGCCCAUAACUGCGUACACCUAAUACAUAUAAUUAACGCCCAUAACUGCGUACACCUAAUACAGGUAAUUAUACGUUCUGCCCUAAAAAAAAAAUUAGUAGCACUGAAGAUGAGGAUGGAUAGGGGAGGGGGUAUAAAUACUUUGUAAAAGCCCGAUUGUUUUCAUUACAUAUAACACAGCAGGACCACACUGGGGUGGCUGUGUCACGGGAUGAAAGUGAUGCCUAACGGCCCGCUCUGGGCAAGAUUCUCCCCGAGGUCAUAUUAAACACGGCGCCAUCUAGCCCAGCCAAUCUAUUUCAAUGCAAUUUUUAAUGCCCAACAUGAAACAUUCAAAUAACAUCUAACGGGAUGACGAUUUAAAAUUGCUGUCAAGGCGUAAAAAAAAAAUCACAGUGUACAGACAACGCAUUUAUGUCAUUUUUAUUGGGGUCUCUCAAAUAUACAAGUUGAAGUUCGUGAUUUACCUUGAACUACAACUUAUCUCUGUGUACAUUACGAAGUAGGUUUUCAGAAAUUGAUGUGUACAUAUACAUGUAAUGACACUGAUUAUGUAACGCUGAAAAAACAAAUAGUUUAUGUGGAACGACGAUCAUCUGAUGCGAGGGUGUGUGUGUUACAUUUUAAAGAGGAUGGACUAUGUACGUAUAAAUAUCUUAUAGAAAAUCUAUUUUUGCCCUUAUUUAGCCAAGGACAGAAUGAUAAUUUUAGAUGAAUGAAAUAUAAAUUCGAUUGAACAAUAAAAUGCUUUCUUUGUUGUUUCAUCUGGUGAUGAAGGUAACUAGCAUUGCAGAAAAAAGCGGGUUAUGCAAAUUUUUUCUGUGACGAUUGCUUCCUUCAUCACCCGAUGGAACAGCUAAGAAAGAUAUUUUAUUGUUUAUAUAUAUAUAUAUAUAUAUAUAUAUAUAUAUAUAUAUAGAAGUGAUGCUUUAAAACUGCAAAAAUCAUUAUAGUUUAUAAUUCAUAUAUUGGUAUAAUACUGAUACUGUCCAUCCACUUGUAUAUAUACAUGAUUAGCAAUUCAUAUAUGUAUGUACUUGUUUCCCCAACAUGCUGCAUCCACAUGCAGUCUAUAUAACCUGUAGUUAAUGUUGUAAACUUUCUUUCUUUUUUUGAAUUUCCUUCUUUAUAAACUGUCUUACUGUUAUGCCCUCUGGGCCCAAAAUUGGAAUAAACUUAUCUUAUCUAUAUGAACUAGAAUUAAGAUAUAAAAUAUAUGGGUUAUCCAUUUGUUACGUGCCAAAGCACUCUUUGACCUUGAGGACACUCCAUAUUUGGUAAUGAUUUUGCAGAUUUAAGUGGUACUAGAAAACCGGAUCGAACUAGUUGGCAACAAACAUGUAUUUGUUGCAUGAUGAAAGCAAUGAUAUGUCAAUGUAAAAAGAAAUAUAAGAGAAAAGAUUCAGUGAAUGUAAAUACUAAUUAAAAAUUACAAUAUAAAGUUAAGUUGUUGAACUAGUUUGUUACUUGUCGUAAAAUAAAGUUCAAACUUUAAAGGUUUUAAAUAUAGAUAUUGAAAAAUUCCCUCUGUUGUUGGAAUCUAUUCUUUAAUACAGAGAUACAACUGUUUAACAUGUGACCUGGGGCAGCCUAGAUCUCUGGCGGGAACAGGACAGGGCACUGCAUGGUGGUGAUCAUUUGAAACUCUGUUUGAUAGAAAUGGUCGGGAGGGUAAAAUUUGGAGGUGGAGUGAAUUGAGGAUACCCUGAAAAUUGGAUUUAGAAUGAGUGGAGACUUUACCCUAGAAAAUCAAUGUUUGCCUUUAGUAGACAGAACCAACGGAAAAUAUACGAAGUACGUUGACAAGGAAGAGAGUGAUGGGGUGUUUAGUUUGAAGUCAGGGAUGAGCGUAGGAGAACGACUGACGGUAAGAGAGAAAUUACUAAAACGAAGGCAAAGGAUCGUGGAUGUUCAACUCGCAAUGGCUCUUCUUGGUUUCAUAUUGAUGCUUGUGGAAAAUGAAAUGUAUUUUCUAGGAUAUAUCACAAAAUCUUCUACGAUGUCCGUUGUCCUAAAAUCUCUGGUGUCAUUAUCCACCGUUGUGCUGCUUGCCGCCAUUAUUGUUUAUCACAUGACAGAAAUAAAACUGCGCAUGACAGAAAAUCACUUAAAUGACUGGAGAUUGGUAGUGACAUUCCCUUACACCUACUUUCAGAUUUUUCUUGAAUUAAUGAUAUGCUUUCCUCACCCUUUGCCAUUUGAUACUUCUUUUCGAAUCUCUGGACUAAAAGGUCAAACGGUUUACGCUUCAUCUGAUGCGCUCAUGUCAAUCUUAAUGAUUUUACGUUCUUAUCUGAUUGGCAGAAUGCUUGUAGUUCACAAUAAGUUUAUAUCAGGAACAGCAACACAGGGCCUGGGGGCUUUGAACAAAGUCAAAAUUGACGCAUUUUUCCUGUUCAAAGCACUAAUGUCAUCAAAUCCCGGAAGCGUUUUAAUAGUCCUUAUGAUUUUUAUAUUACUCGUCAACUCAUGGGCCAUGAGAACCUGCGAGACUUUCUAUCAACUGGAGAAAGACAACUCGGACUACUGGAAUAUGAUGUGGAUGGUAUCAGUGACAUUUCUAACUAUAGGAUAUGGUGACCUGUACCCCGUUAGUCUCUGUGGACGAUUCGUGUCCGUGGCCACUGGUCUGAUGGGUGUCGGGACCACUGCGCUUCUAAUCACUGUGUUAGCUCAUAAAUUAGAACAGACACGGGCUGAAAAGUACGUAUACAACUUCGUCAUGAGGGCACAGAUAGAUAAAGAAAAGAAAAUGGCCGCCGCUGACGUCAUCAAGAACUGGAUACAUCUCUGUCGUCUGAGAAGAUGUAAUAACGUUAUUGAUGACAAUCAAAUUCGCGUACAUGGUAAACUACAACAGGCCAUACGUGUCAUGAGGGAAGCACGGAACCAGCAAGAUUCCAUCGGGGAGUCUACCAUUGGAUUCAUCGAGUUAAGUAAGGUGAUCAGAGAUGUAGAGCAGAAGACAGAGGCGGUGCAACAAUCCAUGAAGGACGUGAAAAACGAACUGCUGCAAGUACAGAGGACAUCCAGAGACUUGCAGUUAAAGCUUCAUGAUAUACACCAAGUGUUGGUUUUCGGUCAUACAAAAUAAGCGAUUGUGAUUAGGCGUGAUACCAGUAACACAGGCGUGAUUUUGUGACAAUAUACACAAGACCAGUUGGUAUGAUAAUGAAAAACUACUUCAAAGUCUUGUCCAACUUUAUUGAAUUUUGUUUAAAUGUCACUUGAAAUAUUUUUCUUUGAAAAUGUUUGAAAUGUAAACAGUUUAGUACAGUGAAGAUUUUAAAGCAUUAAAAUAGAGACAUGC